CCUUCUUCAUUGCUUAAGUUUAAACCCUUCCGUUUUAUCAGUAUUCUCUGUUUGGUUUGUUCACAAAAUAUCAAUCAUACACAGACGGAGAUCGUGGAACAGAUAUCUUCGUCUUCAAGGUACUUUCUUGUGCUUGUACUGUUGGAUAUUGAGUGAUCAAAGCCAGCAAGGAUGAGUGUGGUUGGUUUUGACUUCGGCAAUGAAAGCGGCGUUGUUGCGGUUGCUAGGCAGCGAGGAAUUGAUGUUGUACUUAAUGACGAAUCAAAAAGGGAAACUCCAGCUAUAGUCUGCUUUGGAGAGAAGCAACGAUUUCUUGGUACUGCUGGCGCAGCAUCAAGCAUGAUGAACCCAAAGAAUACCAUUUCGCAGAUAAAGAGGCUAAUAGGGCGACAAUUUUCAGAUCCUGAGCUGCAAAGAGAUCUUAAGGCACUGCCCUUCUCAGUAACUGAAGGACCUGAUGGAUAUCCCCUGAUCCAUGCACGCUAUUUGGGGGAAAUGAGAACUUUUACACCUACCCAGGUUCUUGGAAUGGUGUUUUCAGAUCUGAAGACUAUAGCAGAGAAGAAUCUCAAUGCAGCAGUAGUUGAUUGUUGCAUUGGAAUCCCAGUUUAUUUCACUGAUCUUCAGAGGAGAGCUGUAAUGGACGCAGCCACCAUUGCUGGCUUGCAUCCUUUGCAUCUAAUUCACGAGACGACAGCUACUGCAUUAGCAUAUGGUAUUUAUAAGACGGAUCUACCCGAAAAUGAUCAAUUGAAUGUUGCUUUUGUUGACGUUGGACAUGCAAGCUUGCAAGUUUGUAUUGCUGGCUUCAAGAAAGGCCAAUUGAAGAUAUUGGCUCAUUCAUUCGACAGAAAUCUUGGUGGGAGGGAUUUUGAUGAAGCUCUUUUCCAACAUUUUGCUGCAAAGUUCAAGGAAGAAUACAAAAUUGAUGUUUUCCAAAAUGCUAGGGCAUGCAUUAGACUUCGAGCUGCUUGUGAAAAGUUGAAAAAGGUUCUCAGUGCAAACCCUGAGGCACCUUUGAAUAUAGAGUGUUUAAUGGAUGAGAAGGAUGUUAGAGGGUUUAUCAAGAGGGAUGAGUUUGAGCAAAUCAGCAUCCCUAUACUGGAGAGAGUGAAGAAACCACUGGAGAAAGCUCUUGCUGAAGCUGGGCUUACUACUGAGAACAUUCAUGCUGUUGAGGUUGUUGGGUCAAGCUCUCGAGUGCCAGCAAUUAUGAGGAUUUUGACAGAGUUCUUCGGUAAGGAACCAAGGCGCACUAUGAAUGCAAGUGAAUGUGUGGCCAAAGGAUCUGCACUGCAAUGCGCUAUUCUCAGCCCUACUUUUAAAGUGCGAGAAUUCAAGGUCAAUGAGAGCUUCCCUUUCUCAAUUGCAUUAUCGUGGAAGGGACCUUCCCCUGAUGCACAAAAUGGAGCUCCAGAGAAUCAUCAGAGCACGAUUGUUUUCCCUAAAGGGAAUCCAAUACCCAGUGUGAAAGCUCUGACAUUCUACAGAUCUGGCACGUUUGCAAUAGAUGUACAGUAUGCUGAUGUCACUGCACUGCAGGCGCCAGCAAAGAUCAGUACUUACACGAUUGGACCAUUCCAAUCUACAAAGGGUGAAAGGGCCAAACUAAAGGUUAAAGUACGCCUAACCCUGCAUGGUAUUGUCUCGGUUGAGUCCGCAACUCUUUUAGAAGAAGAAGAGCUGGAUGUCCCGGUUGUGAAAGAGACAGCUAAGGAACCUGCCAAAAUGGAAACAGAUGAAUGUUCAGCUGAUGCUGCUCCUUCAACUACAUCGGAAACUGAUGUAAAUAUGCAAGAUGCUAAAGGAGCUGCAGCUGCUUCAGGGGCUGAGAAUGGUGUUCCAGAAUCUGGAGAUGAACCUGUCCAAAUGGAGUCAGAUGCUAAGGUUGAAGCCCCUAAGAAAAAGGUCAAGAAGACAUCUGUACCAGUGACUGAGAUUGUUUAUGGUGCUAUGGCAGCUGCUGAUGUUCAGAAGGCUGUUGAGAAAGAAUUUGAAAUGGCUCUUCAGGACCGUGUUAUGGAAGAAACAAAGGACAAGAAGAAUGCUGUUGAGUCCUAUGUUUAUGACAUGAGGAAUAAGCUUUCAGAUAAAUAUCAAGAGUUUGUAACUGAUUCAGAAAGAGAACAAUUUAUUGCUAAACUUCAAGAAGUGGAAGAUUGGUUGUAUGAAGAUGGAGAGGAUGAAACUAAGGGUGUUUACAUUGCCAAGCUUGAAGAGCUUAAAAAGCAAGGUGACCCGAUUGAGCAACGAUAUAAGGAGUACACGGGGAGGGGUCCUGUAAUUGAUCAAUUUAUUUAUUGCAUAAAUAGUUACAGAGAGGCGGCAGUGUCAACUGAUCCCAAGUUUGAUCACAUCGAUUUAGCAGAGAAGCAGAAGGUUUUGAACGAGUGUGUCGAAGCUGAGGCUUGGCUUAGAGAGAAAAAGCAGCAGCAGGAUGCUCUUCCAAAAUAUGCUAACCCUGUUCUUCUGUCAGCUGAUGUUCGAAAGAAAGCAGAGGCACUUGAUAGGGUCUGUAGGCCUAUAAUGACAAAGCCUAAGCCAGCUAAGCCAGCAACUCCGGAAACACCAUCACCUCAACCUCCUCAAGGAGGUGAGCAACAACCUCAGGGUGCAGAGAGUCCUAAUGCAGGAAAUGCAAAUGCUACUGAGGGUGCCAGUGCUGGCAGUGAAGUAUCCCCUGCUACUGAGCCAAUGGAGACAGACAAAUCUGAGACUGCAUCAAGUGCUUCAUGAAUUAAGUUGAUGGUUUGAUCUUCAAAGAUUUUAUGAAGGGAAAGACUUGGUUCGGGUUGUAUUACUUUUUGCAUUUUGCCCUUAUACUUUUUAAAAGACCUAUAGUAGCAAUCAACAUUUUGUCAUUAAAUUGAUGUGAUCAAUUUCGUCCAUACGGAUGUCUUGUCAAGUUAUAUUAUUGAUAACAACUAUCAAAAAUCCUGUUUUUCAGAGGGUUUUGAUGUGAAGUACAAUUGCUGUUCUCUCACAGUUUUGUUGAGCUGUGUGUUUGGCUCCUUGUAGCUAGAAUAUAUUAGCACUUUACCCUUCAUAGAAAGUGCUUGCCUUUUUCUUA